UGGAAACUUUAAUGACAUCCAUCAAUGUGUUAACCACAAAUGCUGCUGAUCAUAGGUGGACAAAUAUAUCUUCUCUGCUGCUGCUGCCACAUUCUCAGAAUAACACUUCCCCUUCAGUUCUCAGGAAAAAAUUACUCAAGUUAAAAUAAGGAAGCAACAGACAUGAGAGGAGAAACAUUUCAGUUCGUUUCAGUAAGAUUACUUUUUCAGAACGUGCGAACAUCAGGAGAAUAAUUCAGGACACAGUCACUGACAGGAAAUGAUGUCACUGAAAAAUGCAAAUGAGUUUAUUUUAAAAGGAAACGACAUCAGAGACUGAAUCAUUUGUGAAAAUAACAGCAGCAGUAAAGCACCAUGGCUGCUUUCAGGUGGAUUAAAAGGAUAUUAAUUGUGAUGCUGAUGCUUCAAUUCAUAGCAGCACAAACUGAGACACAGCCAACCUUCCUUACUGUCAGAGGUGGAAAUGAAGUCACUUUGCCUUGUGGAGACAGGAGAGACACACAUGAUGAAUCUGAUGAAACUAUUUGGGUCUUCAAUGAUAGACAGAAAACUGAAACAAGAGAACUGGUCAAACUUGGAAAUUAUCACAGAGAAAUGAAAACUAUAUCAGACAGACUGAGUGUUACAGCAAACGGUUCUCUGCAUCUACGUGACGUCAGAGAGGAUGAUGUUGGCCAGUACGUCUGCCAAUGGACCAAAUCAGGACAACUACAUCGCUUUGUUGUGUUUCUAUCUGUAACUAAAAUUACUGAGCAGGAGAACCCAGAUAAAGUUACUUUGUUCUGCUCUGUGUUGGAAUAUAAUGACUGUGUCCAUGAGGUGAAGUGGCUUUAUGAGGGGAAAGAGGAAAAACCCUCAGAUAUGGAAAUAUCCCCACAUUCCUGCUCUGCCACUGUGACAUUUCCAACAUCCCACCUUCAUCAGAAAUUAGACAUUUAUCAGUCACUAACAUGUAAAGUCACAAACUCAGUCACUAAAUCAGUUCAGCUGUUCCCUGUCAGUCCUCAGUCCUCAGAAGAAAAUCAAACAAAAACAACUAAAGGAGAUAAAACAACCAACUCAGCAGAUUUUCCACCAGCAAGUUUUCCAUGGUGGUAUAUUAUUGUUCCACUCUGCUUAGCAAUGGUUUUAAUGGCUGUCCUGGUGAUCAUCAGGUGGAACAGAAAUAAAGGAAAUAAAACACAAACUGAAGACAUCAUGGUUCCCCAAAAUAAAGCGGCAACGAAGCAGGACCUGAACCUGGAGACUUCAGUGGGUCCAGAAACCAGUCAGAACACAAUUGAGCCAGAGGACGGUCUGUCUUAUGCCUCCAUAAACUUCAAGAAAUCCAAAAAGAAAACAGGCAAUGUCCUUGAAACUGUGAUCUACAGCGCUGUGGGAACUUCUUCCUCUUCUGCUGGAGUUUCCUCUGAUACAGACUGUCUUUAUUCUGCAGUCAACAAGAAAUAGAAAAAGCAUUAAAAGCUUUACAGCUUGAGCAAAGACACAAAGUACUAAGGCUGCAUCUUCAGUGCAGCGGGUCUCAACUCCUGGCCCAAUAAUCUGCUGUAUAUUCUCCUCUUCUCUCUGUCCAGCAAAGCAAUGGUUAAAAACACAGAAGGACAAAGUCAAGUCAAAACUAAUAUUUUGACUUGAUUUCUAUAUUUUUGUUAUUUUUUUAUGUUUUUGCUUUUGCUGCAGAUUAUAGACAGGUCAGAAUAUAACUUUAAUAUCUUUUUACACCCAAGUGUGCCCUGUAAAUACUGCCCCUAGAGGUGAAACAAGGUAUAAACUGUCUCUAACAUACCAGGAUUUCAUGGUCUUUGUCACAGAUUUAAACUAAAUGAUGCGUUGGCUUGCUCUCCAGAGUAGAUUUGUCGCUCUCUACAAGAAGAUUUUGAAGGUUAUAACUAUCAAUGCUUUCCUAGCCUGGGUAGUGUGAGAAAAUCUGACUGCCCAUAUAGACCAAAAUUAGAUUAAGUAUGUUACUGCUUGCCAUAUAACAGUGAAACACAAAGUGAAUAGGUCAGAGCAGCUGGAGUCAUAACAUGAAUAAGCCAGAGUCAUCGGACGGUUCAGUUCUGAAAAGUGACGUGUCCAGUUUGUAGCUCAUCCUGCAUGACGCAUAGAGACGCAUUCAGGGUGUUGAUCAUCUGUCAUCUGACUCUUAUUUUUGCUUUUAAAGGAAACUUUCAGAGUUAAAAUAGGGAACCAACAGACCUCAGAUCAGUCAAACAUUGUCUCUGUGUUUUAUACAGCAGUUUAUCAGUAUGUAACAUUGUAAUCUGAGGUAAUAAUAAGUCUUCAUUGUACUUUCCACAUCUGUUAACAAAUAAUAUAAUGGAGAAACACAUCUGGGGAGUCUUCACAGUCAGUUCCUCAGUUUUAUCCUCAAUGGAAAUGUGUUCCUCCCUGCUGGUCUUGAGAAAUCAUGAAACAAAAAUAGCAAAAUGUGUCUCAGUGGCCAUGACGGGUGAAACCAGGAAGUAGUGACGGCUCAUCAUUGCUUCAUGACUCAAAGCUUCAUUCACUGCUCACUAGUGGCAUCUGGUGGUAGAAUGAAACUGUGACAGCUUGUCACUGUAAUAAACCACUUUAACUGUAUUAGACCAAAGCAGUGUAUUGAAUGUUGCCACAAAGUUUUUGUCCAGACAGUAAGGUCUAUUCAACCAUAUUUUACUGUCAUUUCUUUUUAGUUUUUAAAAUGUUUUAUGCUCAAAGUAAUUUUGCUGAUAUGUUGACAGUCAGUUGUGGUUGUGCUUUUUGUCAAUAAAGAAUUUGGUGUUUUAU